AUGAUCACCAAGUCAUCUGCACCUACAUGCAAAGCCACAUGGGGGACCCUUUUACAAUGUAUCACUAACCUUUUGGUAGAUGACUUUACUGCCGUGCAAUCUGGGUUUGGAAUUGAGACCCUGAGGAUGAAGAAAGCCACAUGGAGCCAAUUCACUUUAGUCUCCAGAAAACAGAUGAAGAAGACCAACUACACCCACACCCUGCUAUCACAUACUGCAUGGGUGACCUUCCAUCAAUACCCUGCUCUAUUCCACCACGUUGGCACCUGUCGUCGACAUGGACAGAAUAAGACCUGGGCAACUGGUGUUUCUCCUGUUGCUACUGAUAUACCCACUGCCUCUGCUGCUAUCUCCGCUAUCCCUGCUGCCAUCCCAGCUGCUAUCCUUGUUGCUGCUGCAGCAAAUGCCACUACUCUUCAGCACCCCCAUCAGUGUCAACUUCCUGUCAGGUACAGAACCAGUGAUGCAGCUUCUGCUGGUCCAGAUGAGGGUGAAGUUUUUGACCUCGACAAUGUCUCAGGGGAUGAAGAGGAACUGGAAAAUCUUGCUGCACCUGCCACUAUGGUGCCUGCAGGCUCUAAUCCAAGCCCACUCCAGACCGUCACCAGCACUGUUCACACUGACCCUUUAGCCACUGGCAACCUCAAGCAGCCUAAAGGGCCAACUGAUAUCAAUCACUUCUACCAGAUUGACCCUGAUAUGAAGAGCAAAACUUGCAUCCCUUGUGAAACACUGCAUGAAAUUGGCACAACACACAAGGUCAUGAUAAAGGAUCUAAAUGAACACCUUGCCGAAGGGUGGUCACUGAAGAUGAUUCGUGAACAGCUCAAGAAAUUGCCUUGCACAAUGCAAUCACUUGGUCCCCCCCCUAACAAGGGAUCUGGUGCCUCACUGGGAGGAACCUGCUCUCCAGAAGAUCAAAUUCCAGACUUCAUGCUUGAUGAAAUGCAUUGUCAAAUUGUCAAGUUUAUUGUUGCUGAUGAUCAGUAA